UGAACACGUAGAGUCAGCGCGGUAGAACGUAGUAAAAUUGUUCUGUGUUUGGGCAUUUCUGAGUGUAGUUGCUGUAUAUUAGUAUCAUGAAUUGUAAACGUGCAUCAAAACUUGUGAAAGAGAGAAAAAAGGGAGCAUCACCGUUACCAAUACAUGGGCUAGUUAAUCCAUUAUACUCGGAUGUUUACCACAGAUCAAUUCAGGAACCACAAACAUUCUGGGGAGAUCUCGCAGAGCAACUUAUAGAUUGGGACAGGCAUUGGGAUAAAGUUUUGGAAGACAGUAACCCGCCUUUUACAAAGUGGUAUGUCGGAGGUCAAUUAAACGCAUGUUACAAUGCGCUAGACCGUCAUAUUCUCAACAAAAAAGGACAUAAAGUGGCACUCAUUCACGAUAGUCCUAUGACAAACACAAUACGCCAUGUUACAUAUAAUGAACUAUACAAAAAGGUCUCAUGUUUAGCUGGUGGCUUGAAAAAAAUGGGAGUUCGAAAAGGAGACAGAAUUGUGAUAUAUAUGCCGUUAAUACCAGAAACAAUUAUGGCUAUGCUUGCUACUGUGCGUCUUGGUGCAAUUCAUUCCGUAGUAUUUGGUGGAUUUGCAGCGAGUGAACUCUGCAUGCGAAUAGAACAUGCAGAACCCAAAGUUGUUAUUGCUUCGAAUUGUGGAAUUGAACCGAACAAAAUUAUUUAUUAUCUGGAUAUUUUACACGAAGCUCUUCAAAUGUCCAAAUGGAAACCACAGGCUAAUAUAAUAUUUCAACGAACUAACAUACUAGUUUCCGAAUUGGACCCUCAAACUGAUGUUGCCUGGGAAUCUGUACUAGACGAACCAACUGAAUGCGUUCCAGUUGAAGCAAACGACCCACUAUAUAUACUGUAUACAUCUGGUACUACUGAUAAACCAAAAGGUAUUCAACGUCCUACCGGUGGACAUCUAGUGACACUGAUGUACACGAUGGAUACAAUAUACGGAGUACAGCCGAAUGAUGUAUGGUGGAAUGCUUCAGACAUGGGAUGGGUAGUUGGGCAUUCUUAUAUAUGUUAUGGGCCACUAUUAUUCGGAGCAACCAGCGUUAUGUACGAAGGCAAACCUGAUCGUACUCCUAAUCCAGGCCAAUAUUUUCGCCUUAUAGCACAACAUAAAGUUACCGCUUUGUUUUCUGUUCCGACAUCCUUCAGAGUCUUGAAACGAAUCGAUCCAGAAAAUGAAUACGGUAAAAAAUAUAACAUAAAGUCUCUGCGGACAAUUUUCAUAGCGGGAGAACAUUGCGAUUUUGAAACAAAGAAUUGGAUGGAAAAGGUGUUCAAGGUACCAGUACUAAAUAAUUGGUGGCAGACUGAAACUGGUUCAGCGAUCACUGCAACGUGUGUGGGUCUAGCCCAAAAUUUGAAUCCUCCCAAGUUUACUACUGGACUCCCGUUCUGCGGCUAUGAUAUACGCGUAUUACAGCCAGACGGAUCGGAAUCAGCAGCAAACGAACUUGGUCGUAUAGUUGUGAAACUACCGCUACCACCUGGAACAAUGUCAACGUUAUACAAGAAUGACGAUUUGUUCAAGAAAGUAUAUUUCACCAGAUAUCCAGGAUUCUAUGACACAAUGGAUGCUGGAUACAAAGACGAACAAGGUUAUGUGUUUGUGACUGCAAGAGAUGAUGAUGUUAUCAAUGUUGCUGGGCACCGAAUAUCUACUUCCAGCUUGGAAGAUGCAGUGUUAAGACACCCAGAUGUAGCGGAUGUAGCGGUUUUCGGCGUACCAGAGCCGACAAAGGGACAAAUACCGCUUUGCCUAUAUGUAACUAAGGAUGGAGUUGACAAAACCACCGCUAAAUUAUCAGUUGAAUUGAUAAACCUAAUUCGUGAGGUAAUUGGACCGAUAGCGGCAUUCAAACUGGUUGGAAAGGUGGAAAGUUUACCUAGAACGCGUUCAGGGAAAACUAUGCGCAAGGCAAUGGCAGACCUUGCCGCAAAUAAAAAGGUAAUGCUACCUGGAACAAUAGAAGAUGCAAGUGUGUUUGAAGAUAUCCAAAGAGCUCUUCAAGAACUUGGUUAUGCAAUGAAUGCUCCAACACCAAAAAUUGCAGUUAGAACCUAAUUACACUUAAAAUAAUUCUAUUUAGUUAUUAAACAUCUAUGCAGUAAGUGUAUAUACCCAUUAACAAGAUGAUAUGGUGUUCUUUUUUAAACAGUUAACACUAAAAAAACGUAAAACACGUGAAGAAAUAUUUCGCUCAAGAUUCCGCAAUUUUGAAAACUUAGGAUGUUCGAUUCAAGAAACUUGAUUUUUAACAUCACUUAUUUCUAACACGGUUUUACUAUAAUUCACACGAACCUUAACCUUUAUAUUGAAAUGUUUGUGGUAAACUAAAUUAAUAGAAACAUGGGGAUAGAAUAAAAACCAUUAUACUUA